AUCAUGUAUCUACAUAAAAGAGUUGCAAGACUGACGCAUCGCAUUCUUAGGAUAUGAGACAUUUGUAUCCUUGAAUAAUUAAUUAUCUACAGAAACUCAUUGUAGAGUACGGUUUUCACAGGUUUUUCACCAACGACCACUGCAACUGCGUAGGACGCGCAAUUUCGAAACCAUCGAAUCUUCGAUCCUAAGCGGUAAAUACGAUCUCGCUUUUAACCCAGGUUCACCGCACUAUCCAUCGAAUCUGCUGUACACAACCACUUCGUGGGUUAGUUGUCGUCGUUUUUAUCCGUAAUCGCGCUGGACCCUGUAUGGUAGAGUUCGUCAGUGGUGUAGGUGAUGAGCCAACAUACCUUGUGUGCCUUAGCAGUCUGACGUUAGAUCUGAUCAAAUUGUGCGACAGGCCUAUCUUGGCCAGGUUGUACAAGGCUGAUUGCGUCAGGUUCAUUGUACUGCAUGUGAUCCUGAGUUAAGUACACGAAAAUUGUGUAGACCGAUCUAUUUCCUUCUGAGAACGUUGACACCAAAACGUUUGGGCGAUGUCGGCCCAUGAACAGAUGCGAGCUAUGCUCGAUGAGCUCAUGGGAACUGCAAGAGAUGGUGAUUCGACAAAUGUUCAUGUGAAUUUUACCGAUCGUAAAGUUUGCAAGAGUUUUUUACUCAAGUGCUGUCCACACGAUAUUCUAGCAGCAACCCGCAUGGAUUUGGGUAGCUGUUCUGGUACUCAUGAUUUGGCCCUUCGAGCGGACUAUGAAAAUGCGGCCAAGGACAAGGACUACUUCUACGACGUUGAUGCAUUGGAACAGCUCGAACAGUUUGUCAAAGAGUGUGAUCGACGAACAGAUCAGGCAAAGAAAAAGUUAGCGGAAACUCAAGAAGAACUCAGCGCGGAGGCCACUGUGAAGCUGAACAAGAUUAAUGAGCUUGCUGAAGAGAUCGGUAAAAAGUUGGCCGAGGCAGAAGCCAAAGGCGCAGAGGGUCUCGUUGAGGAAAGUAUGGCUAUAAUGGAAGAAGUUGAAAAAGCCAAGAAGAAAAAACAUGAAGCUGAAACACACUACCGCAACUCGAUGCCUGCUUCCAGCUACCAACAACAGAAGCUGCGAGUUUGUGAGGUCUGCUCUGCAUACCUAGGUAUCUACGAUAAUGACCGACGUCUUGCGGAUCACUUCGGGGGCAAAUUGCAUUUAGGCUUUAUAGAGAUUAGGGAAAAACUUGACGAGCUGCGUAAACAGGUCGAUGACACCCGAAAGGCAGGCAAAGCUAAUCGGGAACGUGACGAAAGGCGGGAAAAGGAGGCCCGACGGGAAGAACGUGAUCACAGGGAACGGGAACGAGAAAGGGAGCGUGAUCGAGGCCGCGAUCAUCACGCUAGACAUCACAGGAGGAGGUCGCGUUCACGAGACCGUGAGUACCGGCGGCGGGAUCGGGAUCGUAGAGACCGUUCAAGGGAUAAGGAUAGGGGCAGUAAUAGGCACAGACACCGGCGGGAUCGUUAGUAAUCGUCAAAUAGAAACGAGGGUUCCAUGAAAGCGGGGAGGCAGUUCCAGGGGCUGAUUCCGUUCGUAGAGGAUGAGUAGGUCUGUACCAAUGCAUUCAAUGGCAUAUUACAAGAAGUAAACUGAGGCGCGCAACAAGCUUGUUGGGGACCGUGGUUCAGGGAUAGGGAGGACGAGGACUCAUUAGGGAGGGUACACGGGAGAGUAUACUGUACUGUGAGCUACUGUAUUUAUCUAAAAUAUAAGUGGGAUGGGGCUGGGAGUGGCAGUGAAGGCCAGGGAAAGAACCUCACUUCUGACGCAUAGUUGUCAACUAAAUAUGACUACAGAACUGGUUUGCGCUGCUGUUCGAAUCGUGUGCGUACCCCAUACGUUCAGCAGCAUAGGUGGCAGCAUGGAAUUUUCCUGUUUUCUUGUUUGUCUGUUUUUUUUUAUAUUGCGUUUGUGUUGUGAAAUUUAAAUAAAAUAAAAUCAAUUUGAAAUAUACCAAGCGGCCAUCAGUAAAAAAACGUAUCGCUUGCCAGCUAUUUCGAUGUAUACGCUAAACCGGGUUGUUAUGUUAAUAAUAAUAAUUAUUAUUAUUAAUUGUGAAUGAUUUAGUACUAGUGGGAAAUACAUCUGGAAGCAAAAAAAAGAAAGAUAGCGUAAGCAAAUGCAAGGUCAUGUACGGUUCGGUAUUGUCCAACUUUGGUUGAUCACUAAUCACUACAUCGUAAAUUUACGUCUACAUCAUUUAAAUAGUGAUCGAGAAGUAUAUACUUUUAAAAAAGAGUAUUGCGGAAACCGGGACCAUUAGCUCAACCGGAGUUGUCACCUACAAUGACUCAAAUAGGAGUCCUUUAUUAUCAAUUUCAACGGAUCCUUUGUUAUGCGACAAAUCUGGUAACAGUGAAAGAUUUCAGAAUAAUGCUAAUCUAUGUGUGAGCUUAGACGAAUACCUUUGGCAUAGAUAAUUUCGACCUAUGACUCACUAAAAUAAGAACGGUACCAGUAAUUAAUUUCAAAUAAAUAAGCGAGCCAGUUUAUUAAG